AUGAAGGUUCGUGAAUUGUUAACAGAAGAUGGUCGUAUUUGGGAUGCAAUGAAGGUUCGGCAGGUGCUUGGUGAGGAGUUAUGCAGCCAGGUUCUCUCUCUUCCUCUCCCAAUUCAUGAGACAAGAGAUACAACUUUCUGGAUGCAAUCAAAGAAUGGUAUAUUCUCUGUCAAAUCAUGCUAUUAUCUGGCCAGGAAAGGUGCGAUUGAGGCUAUGGAUACAAACAGCCUACACAAACUAUGGUGUAUAAUAUGGAGCUACAAAGGUCCACCAAAACUUAAACACUUCCUGUGGAAUGCGGCAAAAGGUAAUCUAGCGGUAAAGAGCCGGCUAAUGCAACGUCACAUUGUUGGUGACAGUAAGUGCCCACUCUGCGAGAAUGAGAAUGAAACUAUCCUACACGCUUUGUUUGAUUGUACCAUGGCUAAAGAAAUAUGGCUACAUAGUCAAUACAGGAGGAUAGUAGAUGAGGCGCCUGCGGAAUCUUUUGCAGAUAGAUGGGUAUGGCUUGACCAGAAGGUGCAGGGUGAUGGUAUCUACCAAAUAGCAGCUCUUAUAUGGGCUGCUUGGCGUUGCAGAAACCUGCUCCUAUUUGAAGGAGUUCGCAGCAAUCCGACAGUGCUGGCUGGGAAUCUCUGCAGAUGGGUGGCUGAUUACGGUGCUUAUGCAAAGUGCGUCUUUAAUCCUCAGAAAAGGGUGGGGAUUAAAAGUAACAGUGUGUGGCUUCCUCCCCUAAGAGGUGUACUUAAACUGAAUGUUGAUGCACAUGUAGGUAGUGCAGGUAAAGCAGCUGUUGGCGUUGUGGGCAGGAAUGAGGAUGGAACUAUUGUGUUGACUGCUACUCAAUCCAUUGUCCAGCAGUCCCCAGAGAUUGCCGAAGCCGUUGCUGUUAGAUAUGGUAUGAUCAUUGCCAGAAGGUUCGGUUUCGAAAAUAUAUGGAUCGAGUCGGAUUCCCUCAAUGUGAUUUCUUGCAUCUCGCCCAAUUCGAAGGGCCAUGCCCCAAUCUUUAAUGUUUUUGAUGAUAUUAGGAUGUGCAGAGCUGGAUUUAAUAGUUGUAUUUUCUCUCACGCUAAGCGUUGUUGCAACACUGUUGCUCACCUUAUUGCUAGGGACUUUAUAGGGGAUCAUUCAGAGCUCAUACGCUUUGAUUCUUUUCCCCAAAACAUUGUAUCUUUAGCGGAGAUGGAUCUACAAAUUUAA